GUAGUCCAGGAGGUCUCUGCAGGCAGAGUCACUUCCGCCCCAGGUACUCGAGGCCGCGGCCUUCAUUCCUCUCGGAAAGGCUCUGAGCAAAUAAAGAUCUGGGAUUUAUAGCCCUUUUAGAAGGUGAUCCAUAAAUGUUGGGAUCAGAGAGAAUACCUCAGGAGCCACAAGUUGUGUGAGGAGUUCUGGAUACGGCGUGGAGGCUGUCUCAUGCACUCAGGCAUCCUUCCGAAUAGCCUAAUGGUAGCUGGAACCCAGCACACACUCUGCCUGCUAAGGUGUAUGUGGCAGCGUCUGCCUGGGGGAAGCGUUUCCCUAGGAAAAGAAGGAGAAAAUGACCAAGUUCCAGGAGCCGGUGACGUUCAAGGAUGUGGCUGUGAUCUUCACGGAGGAGGAGCUGGGGCUGCUGAACCCGUCCCAGAGGAAACUGUACCGAGAUGUGACUCUGGAGAACUUCCGGAACCUGGUCUCAGUGGGGACUCAGCUCUUCAAACCAGACCUUAUCUUCCAGCUGGAGAGAGAAGAAAAGCGUUUGAUGGUGGAGACAGAAACCCAGAAAGAUGGGUGUUCAGGAAUCAAGAACCAACAUAAUGUGAAGAGUUUUCAAGAAGUGGGAUUAAGCUACCUUUCUCCCAAAGAGCUUUCCUCCUGGCAGACUUGGCAACAGGGUGCAAAUGGGUUAACCAGGUGUCAAGAUUCCAUGAAAAAUUUUCAAAGGAAUAUUUCUAAGUUGCAAAAACAAGGUGAUUCCCCCUGCCAGGUUUGGGCAGGAAUACCAAUGCAGAUUUCUGAAGAUGGGAACUAUAUAUUGACUCCUGGAGAGGAUGGUUCCGAUAACAUAAAAAAUCAAGAAUUUCCAUAUUGGAGAGCCCAGCAUUCUUGCAGUAAAAUGUGUCUGGCAGAGCCACAUAAUUAUCAGUGUAGAUGUCAACAAGUUUCCAUGAAAAAUAGUAUCUGUGAGUGUGAUGGCGUCAGUUGGAUCUCACAUCACAAUGACAAUCUGAGAGGACACAGAACAGAAAAAACCCACAACUGCCAUGACUGUGGAGAAGACAUUAGGAAGGUGUCACUGCAUAAUCAAGAUUUAAUUCAAACAAGACAAAAGCCCUGCCCCUAUAAUGAUUACAGAAAAGUCAUCAGGGAUGACUUCAGCUCUGAGGUUCAUCAACAGUUAGAAGGGGAACCCCAUACAUACAGUCCAUGUGGAAAGGGCUGUAGUUAUAAUUCAGUUCUUCAUAUUCAUCAAUGUGUUCAUAGAAGAGAUGAUUGUAUUUUGGAGACUUCACAUCUGCAAUCCCAUCAGAGAGAACAUACAGAAGAGAAGCCGUGUAUAUGUGAAUAUGGUGAGAACUUGAAUCGGUGCUCCUCUCUUAACAUGGAUGGACUUAUUCACACAGGGAAGACAUCCUAUAGUUGUGAGAAAGCCUUCAGUCACAGCUUAGACCUUGGUGGUAUUUUUAGGGUUAGCACUGGGCAGGAACCCCAUGAAUAUAAGGAGAAUGGGAAUGUCCUUAAUCAUAGUUCUCAUCCUCAAGUCCAUCAGAAAAUCCACACUGAAGAGAAACUCUGCACAGAUGUAGAGUAUGAGGAAGAUUUCAUUUGUAAUUCAAAUCUUAAUAUUCAGCAUAGAGUUCACAUGGAAGAGAUUCCUUAUAAUUCUGAGGAGUGUGCUAAUGGCUUCAGUCUGCCCUCACAUUUCCAAGACCUUCAGAUAGUCCACCCUAGGGAACAACCCUAUAAGCAUUAUUCAUGUGGUAACAACUUCAGCCAAAAUUCAUAUCUUCAAGGCCAUCAGAAAACUCACAUUGGAGAGAAAUCAUAUAAGGAGUGCGGAAAUGGCUUCAAUUGGAGUUUAAAACUUAAAGGUCACCAGAGAGUCCACACUGGAGAGAAGCCAUACAAAUGCAAUGCUUGUGGUAAAGGCUUCAGUCAUAGAUCAGUUUUUAAUGUCCAUCAAAGAGUCCACACAGGAGAGAAACCUUAUAAAUGUGAGGAGUGUGAUAAGGGAUUCAGUCGCAGUUCAUACCUUCAGGCCCAUCAGAGAGUCCACACUGGAGAAAAACCAUACAAAUGUGAAGAGUGUGGGAGGGGCUUCAGUCGCAAUUCAUACCUUCAAGGCCACCAGAGAGUUCACACUGGUGAAAAACCAUAUAAGUGUGAGGAAUGUGGGAAGGGCUUCAGUCGGAGUUCGCACCUUCAAGGCCAUCAGAGAGUCCACACUGGAGAAAAACCCUACAAAUGUGAGGAGUGUGGGAAGGGAUUCAGUUGGAGCUUUAAUCUUCAAAUUCAUCAGAGGGUUCACACAGGAGAGAAACCCUAUAAAUGUGGAGAAUGUGAUAAGGGCUUCAGUAAGGCCUCAACUCUUUUGGCCCAUCAGAGAGUUCACACAGGAGAGAAGCCAUACCAAUGUGAUGAGUGUGGUAAGAGCUUCAGUCAGAGAUCAUACCUUCAAAGCCACCAGAGUGUCCACACUGGAGAGAGACCAUACAUAUGUGAGGUGUGUGGGAAGGGCUUCAGUCAGAGAGCAUAUCUUCAAGGUCAUCAGAGGGUCCACACUAGAGUGAAGCCAUAUAAAUGUGAGAUGUGUGGGAAGGGCUUUAGUCAGAGUUCACGCCUUGAAGCACAUCGGAGGGUUCACACAGGAGGGAAACCAUACAAGUGUGAGGUUUGUACGAAGCGCUUCAGUGAGAGUUCACGUCUUCAAGCACAUCAGAGGAUCCACAUAGAAGGGAGGGCCUAUAAAUGUGAACAGUGUGGCAAGGGUUUCAGUGGAUUCUCAAGUCUUCAAGCCCAUCACAGAGUCCACACUGGGGAAAAGCCAUAUAAAUGUGAGGUGUGUGGAAAAGGCUUUAGUCAGAGAUCAAAUCUUCAGGCUCACCAGAGAGUCCACACAGGAGAGAAACCAUACAAAUGUGAUGCAUGUGGUAAGGGUUUUCGUUGGAGCUCAGGUCUCCUAAUUCAUCAAAGAGUCCACAGUGAUACAUUUUAUAAAAGUGAGCAGUAUGGUAAGCAUUAUCCAUCAGAUAAUCCAUACACAAAUGAAAUCCUGUGUUGCCUUCCCAGAACUCUGCCUUUCCUCACAAGGAAGAGGAGAAAAAUGAUCAAGUUCCAGGAGCCGGUGACGUUCAAGGACGUGGCUGUGGUCUUCAGCGAGGAGGAGCUGGGGCUGCUGGACUCUGUCCAGAGGAAGCUGUACCGAGACGUGACCCUGGAGAACUUCCAGAACCUGGUCUCAGUGGGGCAUCUCUUCUCUAAACCAGAUGUGAUAUCCCAGUUGGAGAGAGAGGAGCAGCUUUGGAUGACGGAGAUACAAACUCAAAGAGGUAGGCAUUCAGCGGAGAAUUGUGCAGCCAGAGUCCUUGAAGGAGGCAGGAAUGAAAAUGAGAUGGAGACUCUUGAUGAAGCGGGAGGAAGGUGCCUUUCUUUGGGAGAGCUCUCAUGCUGGCAGAUCAGGAGACAUGUUGUGAGUAAAUUAACGAAAAGUCAAGUCUCCAUGCUACAUGUUCAAGAAAAGAGUUCUCAGUUCCCCAAACAACUUAAUUCCCCCGGUCAGGUGGGGGCAGGAAUCUCCAUUCAGGAAGACAGCUGUGUAAUGAGUCUUACGGAGAAUCAUUCCAGUAUUAAUGAAAGUCAAGCGUUUACAACAGGGAGAGCUCAGAAUUCUCAGAGUAACAUAUAUCUGAACGAGACACAGAAUUAUCAGAGCAGUUGUAAGCAGAUGCCAGUGAAAAACAAGUUAUGUGUAUUUGCUCCAUGUGCUAACAUCUUCAGUUGUAAUUCACACCACCAUGAUGAUGAUAGUACAGUACACAAAAGAGAGAAAGCUCACAGCAACAAAGACUGUGGUGAAGACAUCUCAAAUGUAUCAUCUCUUGCCCAGCUCAGUAUAAUCCACACGGGACAGAAAACCUACCAGUGUAGUGAAUGUGGAAAAGUAUUCAGUGAUAGCUCCAGACUUGAAGUUCAUCAGCAGUCACACUUGGCAAAGAAGUCCCUUCACUGUAGUACCCGUGAGGAUACCAGUUAUAGCUCAGCCGUUCCCCUUCAACAGUAUGUUCACGCAAGAAAAAAACGCUAUUGGUGUCAUGAGUGUGGAAAGUGUUUUAGUCAGAGCUCAAAUCUGCAAACUCAUCAGAGAGUCCACACGGGGGAGAAACCCUAUUCGUGCGUUGAGUGUGGGAAGAGCUUUAACCAGACCUCACAUCUGUACGCUCACUUGCCUAUUCACACCGGAGAGAAGCCCUAUCGAUGCCAAAGUUGUGGGAAGGGCUUCAGUCGUAGCACAGAUCUUAAUAUCCACUGCAGAGUCCACACUGGAGAGAAACCUUACAAAUGCGAGAUAUGCGGAAAGGGCUUCACGCAGAGAUCACAUCUUCAGGCCCACGAAAGAAUCCACACGGGAGAGAAACCAUACAAAUGUGCAGAUUGCGGUAAACGCUUCAGUUGUAGCUCAAACCUUCACACCCAUCAGAGAGUCCACACUGAGGAGAAACCGUACAGGUGCGAUGAGUGUGGGAAGUGCUUUAGUUUGAGCUUCAAUCUUCACAGUCACCAGCGAGUCCACACGGGAGAGAAACCAUAUAAAUGUGAAGAGUGCGGGAAAGGAUUUAGCUCAGCCUCGAGUUUCCAGAGCCACCAGAGGGUUCACACGGGGGAGAAACCGUUUCGCUGCAAUGUGUGUGGCAAAGGCUUCAGCCAGAGUUCAUAUUUUCAAGCCCAUCAGAGAGUCCACACUGGAGAGAAACCCUACAAAUGUGAGGUGUGUGGGAAGCGCUUCAACUGGAGCUUGAAUCUUCACAAUCAUCAGAGAGUACACACGGGAGAGAAGCCCUAUAAAUGUGAAGAGUGUGGCAAGGGCUUCAGUCAGGCCUCAAACCUCCAAGCUCAUCAGAGUGUCCACACGGGGGAAAAGCCAUUCAAAUGUGAAGCGUGUCAGAAGCGGUUCAGUCAGUCUUCACAUCUUCAAGCCCACCAGAGAGUGCACACUGGAGAGAAGCCAUAUAAAUGCGACACCUGUGGGAAGGCCUUCAGCCAGAGGUCAAAUCUCCAAGUCCAUCAGAUCAUUCACACCGGGGAGAAGCCGUUUAAAUGUGAGCAGUGCGGGAAGGAAUUCAGUUGGAGUGCUGGGCUCAGUGCCCACCAGCGGGUCCACACAGGAGAGAAGCCCUACACCUGUCAGCAGUGCGGGAAGGGCUUUAGUCAGGCCUCACAUUUCCACACACAUCAGAGGGUCCACACUGGAGAGAGACCUUACAUAUGUGACGUAUGUUGUAAGGGCUUCAGCCAGAGAUCACAUCUUGUGUAUCAUCAGAGAAUCCACACUGGAGGGGAUCUGUAGGCAUGCGAGGCGCGACAUGGCCUUUAGUUUGAGUUCACAUCUUGGUCCCCAGUAGAGAGUCUGUGCUGGUGAACGUGAAAAGCUCCUUCAGAACUCAGGAGCCUCGAGGAAUGGCCGCGGGAAAGCAGCUCUAUAAGACGUGUCUCAACAACGCAGUUGGGGGGAUGAAUUCUUUGUAAACAUCAGAUUUCACAUGAGAGAAACUGGUUUCAUAAAAUGGUAAAUGGUGACACCAGAGUUUUCAAUGUCCCGGUUCCGAAGAACACAGCAGAAGGAUCUUACAUUUCAUUGGAGUCACCCAGAAGAGAGGGCGUAUGAAUGGAGAUUAUGUGCAGCACUCGAACAAAAGUAUAUGUGGCAGAUUUAAUGGACAAAUAAAAUUUAAGCCAACUACAAUGUAACCUCCAUGUAAUAGAGGUGUUUUUCACCACUACCAGUAUGUCUACCUUGUAGAACUGCUUGGCUUGUAUGAGGUGCCCAUCAAUUACUGAACAAAGUAGAGAAAACCACUAUAAUGACAAGUAUUUGAAAAUUCUAGUCAGUUCCCUACCUUAAAUUCAUAACAGCAUAUGCAAAAAGAAUCCUGUAAUGCUGCCAUCCACAAUAAUACAAAUUAAUUUCAACAAGACUUCUGAAUGGCUCCUAUCCCCCAUUCAGCCUGUUUUUUGUACAGUGUAUUAUCUGUGUGUACAGUAUAAUACUUAAUCAUUGGUUUGUAUUUUAUAGACUGAAAAGUACUGGUUUUUAUUCAUCUACUAACAUGAUCCUGAAUUUAUACAAUUAUAAAUUUUGAUCCCUAAUUCAUUAGGGUACAGUUUUACUGUAACUCUUUGAAAAUGUUAAAAGUAGUUACUAAUGACAGAAAGUUUUAGUGAACUUGAACUGUGAGUAAUCAGUUUCUUCUCAUUUUCAUGCAAACUUAGGUCAAAGUGCCUAUGCGUAGCUCUUCAUCCAUUGCGACUUUUCAGGCAGGGGCCUUGGCAGGUUUCAUGGACGUCACUUUGUCACAUUCCACCCUCAUUCUUCCUGCUAAAAUGGGGAGGAGGAAGCAGGAUAAGAAAGUUUUUUUAAAUUUUUAUUGAAAUUUCACUUAACUGUAACAGUUUCGGUAAAUUGUCACUUUCACAGCAUUCCGUGUUCAACGCUUUCUCUUGGUCGAAGUGGACAUUAGCUGGUCAGUACGUAUCAAAAUACCCUGUGACCCAGCAACCCUACCACUGGAGGUUUUGCUUAGGAGAC